GCGCUAUCGUCUUGAUCGUGGUGGUGGUCUGGAACGAGGGUCCGGGAUUCGUGCCGGGUUGCCGGUAGUUGAUGGCCCGCGGGAGUAACCAGUGAACACCACCCUUUGCCUUCUCCACCACGAUUAUCCUGUCGAAGCCAUGAAAGAUACCCUCACCGAUGCCAAUUUCCCUCGAACGGCGGAUCUUCGUGUAUAUCACCUUGGACUGCGGCCCGGAGAGGUCGCCAACAGGCUCAUCACCGUCGGCUCGUCUUCCCGUGCGCAUACCAUAGCCUCCUUCCUUGACGUUACCCCCAAGCCUUUCCAACUAUCUUCGGAACGAGGAUUCCUCACCAUUACCGGGAGAUACAAGGGUGUCCCGGUAUCUAUUGUCAGCAUCGGAAUGGGCGCCUCCAACAUGGACUUCUUUGUUCGCGAAGUUCGAGAAUGCCUCGUCGGUGACAUGCUGGUUAUCCGGUUAGGCUCUUGUGGAGGUCUCAUCCACGUGCCGGUAGGAACGGUCGUCGUCCCCAGGGCGUGCAUCGCAGUGACACGGAACGUUGAUUUCGACUUUGUCAACCCGGAGGAAAACGACGAUGUGCCUUAUAGAAUAAGCAAACCGGUGUUCGCAGAUCCGGAGUUCCAUGAUGUGGUACAUCAAGCCCUAGAAACCGUGAAACCUUCCGGUUCCACAACCCCAAUCGUCGCUGGGAUCACCAACGCAUCAGCUGAUAGUUUCUACUCCUCGCAAGGAAGACAUACGUCGUUCCCAGACUACAAUGACACACUCAUUGAGCAGAUCAUUGCGUCCACGCCUGAUGUCGCCACAUUAGAGAUGGAGACACAUCACUUAUACCAUCUUGCCGAGUGCUGGUCCAAGAAGAAUCGCAACAUGACGAAAAUGUCCGAAGCAGCACUUCCGCCGCUCAGCACCGGCCCUGUGAAACCGGUAGCGUCCAGUGACAAGGCUGCUGGCACCACAUCCACAGGGACUGCAGCGCUUGCCGCACCGGAUACCGUCAUCCGCGCAGCCGCCGCGCAAAUGGUGUUUGCGUCCCGCACAUCCCAGGACUUUAUCACACCGCAGCAGGUGCAAGACACGGAGAGGUGGACUGGGAAGGGUGUUCUAGAGGCGUUGAUUCGGAUGGAGCUUGCCGCCGAUCGUGUCCAUCCUGAUCAAGGCAGUGUGUGGGCGCUUCAGUAGAAGCCAAGUUUGGAACGAGUCGACUUGGGAUAGAUAAAUUGUCAUGUUUUGAUACCUCGUUUGUUAGAAGCCCACCAGCUUUGGGAAGUAUUUCUUUAACGAUGGCAGUUGAAGGAACCGUAAUCUC